CUUAUCGUCCACUGCUAGAUGUACUGAUUUAAUGAAUCUCAGCAUGUCGAGUAAGUUGAUCGUAUGUGGAGUAUGCGAAUACCGCAACAUCAACAAACCCUCGGUAGUCUGGUGUUCGGAAUGCGACGAAGGUCUUUGCAAGGAGUGCCAAGAGCAUCAUGCAGCUUCAAAGGUUUCCAGAGACCAUAGUUGUGUACAAAUCUCCGAAUACCAGAAGCUUCCUGCCAAUAUACUGGAAAUUACUCAUAAUUGUCCAAAGCACAAUGAAAAAUACCAAAUAUUUUGUAAGAAACACGAUAGUCCUUGCUGUAGACGAUGCGUUGUUGAAUCACAUGAUCAAUGCGGUGGGUUAAACGCGAUAGAUGACGUCAUCCAAAAUGUUAAGUCUUCAAAUGCAUUCUUAGAGAUUGAACAAAUGCUUGUGGAGGUCUCGGAAAAUUUACAGAGAAUAAGAAAAGGUCGACAAGACAACAUUCAAAGUCUGAAGGAGAACAAGACCAAAAUUGAAUUGGAAAUUAAGGAGACACGAAUAUUGAUUAACGAUCAUCUCGAUAAACUGCAGGAAAGUCUGCUGAAAGAGUUGUAUGCCGCUGAGGAAAAGGAAAACAAGAAAAUCAGCUGUUUAAUAUCAUCCAUACAAGAGAAAGAAAUGGAGAUAACAGAAUACCUGACCAAUUUCGAUAAAAUAAAACAGCAUGCUUCAGACCUCCAGACAUUCGUGGCUAUGAAACACAUCCAACAAGACGUAUCAAAAAACGAACAAUUCAUAGAAUCCAUGUUAAAAGAAGACAAAACGAACAAUGUUACCCUUUCUUUUGAAAAAGAAAACACUUUCGAAAAUCUACCUACCGCUCUAAACAAGAUGGGAACCAUUAUCUUAGAUACCAGGUCAAGUAAUACAACACUAAUAAUACGGAAGAACAAACAAGCACAGAUAAUAGUGCCUACCACACAUGUUCCUACCGUUGAUGAUCUUAAACUAACUUUAAGACAGACGAUUAAAACAAUUGGAGAAAAUAUUACUGGUUGCUCCUUAUUACCGGAUGGCAGAAUGAUUUUUUCCUGCUAUUUUAGUGGGCAAAUAAAUGUGAUGAAAACCGACGGGUCGUUAGAUUUUACAUUACAUCCAGGAUCGUAUACAUCUCAUAUACACUUUAUAGAGGACAGUCAAAAACUUGUUGUAACAUCUGGCAUUGAAAAGUCAAUCACGACAAUAAAUAUGAAAGACAGAAAAACUGAAAAAAUGAUUCAAUGCGGGUCAUCGGUUUAUGGAAUAGUUCACAAAGAUGGACAAUUGUUCUAUAAUGGAUAUGACAGUGGAUUAUGUGUUGUAAGUUUAGAUGACGAGUCAGUGACACAUCUUGUUAAUGAUACCUUGCCUUCAAAUUGCAGCAUUGCAAUAUGGUCAGAUCAACUUUAUUAUAUAAACGAUGAUGAUUCAGUAGUAUGCUGUGAUCUUCAAGGGAAACUAAAAUGGAAAUCAGAACUCAAACCAUUUCUGCAAUGUGCACAAGGUAUUGCGGUAGACAAUCACGGACGUGUUUAUGUAUCAGGCUUUCAUUCUCACAAUGUCGUUGUUAUUUCACCAGACGGAAACAAACACAGGGUGUUGCUUUUAGAGAAAGAUGGUAUUAAAAAUCCACAAGCUUUGUUCUUUGAUCGAACAAAUAACAAGCUACUAAUUGCGAACAAAAGAUAUCAGGCAUUUCUUUAUGAUGUAUCAAAUUGUUGACUUGGUGCACGUGCAAUAUGCUCUUUCUAAAUAAACAGAUGAAAAUGUUUUGAAGUCUGAUAAAUUCGAUGUUUAUACGCUCAGACUUUUGCGUUUCUACAUAUGAUUAAGUCGUGAUACAUGUUAUUCCUCUACAGCAAUCAAACUUACAAAAUACAUAGAAGUAGCGAGAAUUAAUUAAAAAGUUAUAAAAAAAAGUGUCA